AUGGAAUGGGGGGCACUUGGUUUAUUGCUUAAUUCAGUUGUUCUUGGAGUAACAUCAUUACUCAUGGAGAAGCUAUGCAGGAAGCGGGGGGCUGGGUUUGUGUGGGGAAUCUCAAAUGUCCUAAUGGCUGUAUGCUUUAUAGCAAUGCUUGUAUUAACCUACGUGGCAAAGAACAUUGGUUAUUUAGGAAAAGAUCUACCACCCACUAGCAUCGUGAUAUCUGCACUUACCAUCUUCACUGUUCUCGGGUUUCCAUUGGCAAUCACUUACAGUGUUCCAUAUGCUUUAAUUUCCACACAUAUUCAACCAUUGGGGCUCGGCCAAGGAUUGUCAAUGGGAGUCCUAAAUCUUGCAAUAGUGUUCCCACAGAUGAUAGUGUCUUUAGGAAGUGGACCAUGGGAUCAGUUAUUUGGCGGAGGAAACUCUCCGGCGUUUGCUGUGGCAGCUAUUGCAGCUCUUAUGAGUGGAGUCAUAGCCGUCUUUGCUAUUCCCCGAACUGGUUCGCAAAAGCCUAGAAGCCCAGUAUGA